AUGCAGAUUUUUGUAAAGACUCUCACUGGAAAAACUAUUACUCUCGAGGUUGAGGCUUCUGAUACUAUUGAGAAUGUUAAGGCAAAAAUUCAAGAUAAAGAGGGCAUCCCGCCUGAUCAACAGCGUUUGAUCUUUGCUGGUAAGCAACUUGAAGAUGGACGAACCUUGGCUGAUUAUAACAUCCAAAAGGAGUCUACACUCCACUUAGUUUUACGUCUUCGUGGUGGAAAGGUUCACGGUUCAUUGGCUCGUGCUGGAAAGGUUCGUGCUCAAACUCCUAAGGUCGAAAAGCAGGAACAUAAGAAAAAGAAGCGUGGCCGUGCUUUCCGUCGUAUUCAAUAUAACCAAAUGGACCUCGUUUAUCACGAAAGGCAAGUCGGUCGUAUGUGCGCACAGCAUGCAUUGAACAUGUUAUUACAAGGGAACUAUUUUACAGCGGAUAAUUUGGUGGCGAUAGCUCACGAACUUGAUGCUCGUGAACGAGCUGUGCUCGGUGAUGAAUCUCAUUUUCAAAGUCAAAAUUACGAUGAGGUUAUUACUGAAGCUUUGAGACGGCAAGCAAAUCUUCAUUUAGAAGCGCUGGAUAGCCCUGCUGCUUUUAAAAUCCGUCAAAACCCUAGCAUGGGCCAAGCAUAUAUUUGUCAUUAUGAAGAUCAUUGGUUCGCCCUUCGAAAAAUAGGUACAACAUGGUUCGUCCUGAAUUCCUUGUUCAAAACACCUAGAAUUGUUUCGGAAACUUUUAUGGAACUUUACAUUACGCAGCUUUAUACAGAAGGUCUUUAAUGUUUUAUUAUUUACAACUUAUAAUUUAGGUUGGUCAAUUUAUCUGGUUGAGGGACAACUUCCUUCUUGCGCUGCCGAUAAUGUGCCUCGAGAAUUUUGGAAUGAAGCUCGAAGAUCUCGCAAAUUUGAAAAUGAUUUGGAAAAAGCACUUGCUUUAAGUUUAAAUGAGUCAGCACAACCUUGGAUUGCCUCUAAUUCUCCUGAUGACGAGUUGACUGCUACCUCGGCUUCGCUCUCUAAACAAACUGAGGAAUUGGAACUUCAGCGGGCUCUUGAGGAAAGUCUACGAGAGGCAAACAGAUUAAAAUCUUUAAAAACUGCUGAAUCCUCGAUGGUGCAUGAAGCGAUGAAACAAAGCUUACAGAAACCAGAAGAUUCAGCAGCAAGUACUUCAACGUCUGGAAAAUGUCAAUCAAAAGAUGAUCAGAAUUCCCAAUCAAGUUCUAGCAGUUUA